AUGAUUAAAUUGUUUCCUUCGGUGGUUGGUGUACUAGAGUACUUAGAAAAUAAUAGUGAUGAUGUUUCUCAUUGUGGACAAGCCUCAAUGCUUUUAAGGAAUAUUGUGUGUUUCGAGUUUGCUUUUGUCUUGCACUUAAUGAGAUCGAUCUUAGGGAUCACAAAUGAUUUGUUACAAGCACUUCAAAGGAAGGAUCAGGACCUUGCAAAUGCUAUGAAACUUGUUAUUUUUGCUAAAGAUCGACUGCAAGAGUUGAGAGAAGGUGGGUGGGACGAUUUGUUGCGAGAAACUUCAUCCUUUUGUGUUCAAAAUAACAUUCUCAUUCCAAAUAUGAAUGAUGAUUUUGUACUUUACUCGAGAGAUGGCAGAGUAUCGCGAAAAGGUACGCAAAUUACAAACUUGAAUCAUUAUAAGGUUGAUGUGCUUUAUACAGUGAUCGAUCUUCAACUUUCAGAAUUGAAUGACAAUACUAAUACGGAGUUACUUAGUCUGAUAUCAUGUUUUGAUCCAAGUAAUUCGUUCUCUGCAUUUGAUAGAAAGACUUUGGUGAAAUUAGCUGAAUUUUAUCCUGAAGAGUUUGAUGAUAAUGAUCUUAUAGCCCUUGAAAACCAGCUUGAGAAUUAUAUCAGGGAUGUUAAAAGUGAUCAAGACUUUUCAAAUAUGAGUGGAGCUAGCAGGCUUGCUGAGAAGUUGGUUGCCAAGAGAAAGAAUGUGACUUAUCCAUUGGUGUACUUAUUAUUGAAGUUGUCAUUAAUUUUGCCGGUUGCAACCGCAUCAGUUGAAAGAAUAUUCUCUGCAAUGAAGAUUGUUAAGUUGGAGCUACGCAAUCGAAUGGGGGAUCAAAUGUUGAAUGAUGUUUUAGUGUCGUACAUUGAAAAAGAUAUAUUGAACGGCGUUAGUAUUGAUGAGGUGAUGAAUUUUUUUCAAGAAAUGGGACCACGGCGAAAGAUAUUCUAA